GUACACCGUAGCAGAGAUCCUGGCCAUGCUGCAGGACUCUGAAACUGUGGCGGACAUCACAGUUGUGCCUGAGUCAGAAAUGCACGCACAUGACACAGACUGUGACAGUGACCAAUCUGAUGAUGAGGCCACUGGUGACCAUAACCGCCUCCCAUCAAGAAUACUCAAAGGUGAAGGCUUUCUACCUAAUUCGGACAUGCAGCUGCCAAAUCCCCCCGAUGAUGAUCCUGGGUGCUCAUCCUCAGUGAGUCAGACAGAGACUAGAAAGGUCAGUGGCACAAAUGAAAAGGUGACCAGUCAGAUUGUUGGGCCCAUGCUCCACAAAACUAAGAACCAAGACAGGAAAUUCAAAAAAAUCAAAAUUGCGGCCAAAGCACCAGCACAAGCCAACAAAAAAUAUCAGAUCCCUCACUAUGUCCCCAAAGAACAUGAUCCUGGCUUCACAUCAGAUGAUCCAGUGGAUAUCUUCCUCACAUUUUAUCCCAAGUCCCUCAGAGAUGUCACACUGGAAAUGUCCAAUCUCUACGCUGAACAAAAAGGGAAAACGCUCAACCUGACUGAGGAUGAACUUCUUACAUUCUACGGUAUUCUGUUGAUCAGUGGAUACAACACAGUCCCAAGGCGGCGUCUUCUCUGGUCAGACGAUUGUGAUGUCAGCAACAAUGCUGUAAAAGAUGCCAUGCGGAGGAACAGGUUUGAUGAAAUUAUGUCUUCUGUUAAUUUAGUAGACAACAUGAAGAUCACAGCUGACCCGUUCUUCAAGGUGCGUCCCCUUUUUAAGCAUCUAAAUGACAUCAACAACGCAAUCCCGAUAGCAGAACAUGUGGCAGUAGAUGAGAUGAUGAUUGAGUAUUUUGGAAGGCAUGGGUGCAAACAGUUAAUUAGAGGGAAGCCUAUUCGUUUUGGGUAUAAAAUAUGGAGCUUAGCAUCCUCCUCCGGGUUUGUCCAUCAGAUGGAGCCAUAUGUAGGAAGCCACACACAUCUGGUGGAAACUGGACUUGGUCAGGGUCCAAGUGUGGUUCUUGGCCUGGCAGAGAAAGCUGAAGUGCCACCUGGAGUCAAGUUUUACCACGACAACCUCUUCACAACCCUGUCCCUGGUGGAUGAGAUGACCCUGAGAGGCUAUGGCAGCUGUGGCACGAUGCGACAAACUCAGCUCCAUAACAUUCCCUUCACAGCACCCCAGACCUUCAAGAAGACACCCAGAGGAGAUGCUGAGUAUCUGGUUGAGGCAGAGAAGCUGAUUGUAAGGUGGAAUGACAACAGCGUGGUCACCGUGGUGUCGAACAUGGAGAGGGAGUUCACCGAAACUGAGGCGAAGAGAUGGAAUAAACAGAAGCGGACUAUGGACAAGGUCAGACAGCCCAAGUGUAUCCAGGACUACAACACACACAUGGGAGGAGUGGACCUGCAUGACCAGUUUGUCAGCCGCUACAGAGUCAACAUCCGGUCCAAGAAGUGGUGGUGGCCAUGCUUCAGCUGGGCCCUGAACAGUGCCAUG